CACUCAUCUCCGUGGAGUCUAUAAUCUAUAUUGGGCCUAAAAGCCCAGGCCCAUUUCAGGUUCUUCCCGGGGAGGUAAGAGGGCUAGAGAGAGAGAGAGAGAGAGAGGAGUUGAAGAUGGCGUCAUCAUCGUCUUCGAGAGCUCAAACACCGCCUUAUCCCAGUGCUGCGAGGAUUGCUGAUUCUCCAUGCUACCCUCAGUAUACUGCUUCUCUCAAGUGUUUAGAAGAAACCAACUCAGACAAGAGCAAAUGUCAAGAGCAUUUUGAUGUUUACAAGGAAUGCAAGAAAAAGGAGGUGGUUCUGGAAUUACAAAACAGGUCUUUGAAGUUACAACCAAAGUGGGUGUCCUAUGUGUUUACGCCUGGCAUGAACUGUUCUAUUUCUCGAUCUGACCUUUGCAACUGAGGGGGCAACAUUGUGAAAAUCGUAAGCCACUAAAUGAUCAUCCCUUCAACGAGACAUUCAACGUUUUUACGGUUUGAUUGCCUAUUGAAUCUGGUAGGAAUGACAAGGGUGUGUUUGAUAGUAUCUAGUUGGAAAUAAAAGUAUUUUUCAACUUAUAUGGAAAAUAAAAAUUAUCUCCGCUUAGAUGGAAUUUUUUAUAAAAUAUAGGUAAAAACAUAUUUUAAUAGUUGUACCACAUAAUUCAAUUCUAUGAAAAAUAUAAUGUGUCAAAUAUUAAAAAUAGAAUUCAAUUCUUUAGAUGUGACAUUUUUUUAUAUAUUUUUCAUAUUAUCAAACACACUUUAAUAUUUUAGCCAAUUUGAUGGGCAAAAUGAAUUUGUCCAUUUGACUCCUGAAAUUAACAGAAAUAUAAUCUUCUUCCUCUACAGUUUUGGCCUUAGCUACCUAUUUCAUCUUCAUUUUUUUUCCCCUAUAAAAUGCAUAGAAACUAAGGAGAACCAAGCAUGUUGAAGGAUAAAUCAAAUAGAAUAGGAUGAAAGGGGUGGAAGAGAAUGUGUUCAAAGAAAAUUAGAAAAGAUGUUGAAACUAAUUAGUAGACCAGUGUUAUUGGAAAGAUAAUGAAAUGAGGAUCUUGAAAAGAAAAUAGUGGUGCAAGCAAUACAGUAGCUAUCUUUAUAUUGGGAUAUAUAAGUAUUUCUCAAGAUGAUAUUUUGCUCUAAUGCAUGGAAAUGGUUCGGAGAUGCUGUUUUGAAACAUUUAAGGUGUGUUUGAUUGUAUUACUUAUAAUUUAAUUCUAGGUAAUAUUGUUUAGAAAAUAAAAUCCACCACACCCCAUUGAAAAAUGAAUUUCAUGAAAAUAAGUUUUAAAUACUUGUACCAUAUAUAUUUUUUCAUAGAAAAGUUAAGAGUGUAAUUGUUUUCCAUAUAAAAUAUGUAAUAUGUAAUAAUUACAUAUUUUUUAUGGUAAAUAUGUGUAAUCAAACACACUCUUAGUUUCAAAAAAGUUAAAAAUGGGCUAAAACAUUUUUUGAGUCGUUUCUAUAAUUUGUGAAAUAUUUUGGGAGUAUUUUGCAAAUUAUUGAAAUUUAUCAGCAUUUAGAAUUUAGGAUUUUGAUUUUGUUGAUUGAUUAUGGUUAUAAAUGAAAUUGCUCUCGUCCCUAACCAAUGACUAUAUAUAUUAUAUAUUUCUAUUCUUCAAUCUUUACGCAGCUUAUUCUUCAAUCUUAAAUCUAAUUUUCGUUUUCGAAUCUCAAAUAUUGCCUCACUUGAAACCUCUUAUCACUAUCAUUUCCUUUCAUCACCGCCACUGAUUGCUUAUUGCUUGCUCAGUACUCGUGUCGCCAUCGAUUGAGUCUUGGUCAUCUUGCGGUCCUCAUUUAUUAUCUCGAUCAUUCCCUUUUGUUAUUGUUGUCAAUUGCUUAUUAUUGCUCAAUAGUCAAUACUCGUGUUGUCAAUACUCUCGCAAUCGCUAGUAGUUUCCUUUUGCUGCUUAUUUAUUGUUUAUGUUUAUUUGUAACUUUAUAUUA